CUCGACGCCCCUUUCAAGAUCACAUCCUCUUGCUGGGCAGAAAAUGAGAAUCGCCAGGGUCAACUUCGGCACAGCCUCAAUCUCCUGCCCCUUGGACAGCGACUCGCCCCAAUCAUCUCCUUGACAUUGAUCAUGGACUUCGUCACCCGAACCCUGGUCGACAAUCAGGCUCAUAAGGCCCGAAUGGAAUAUUUCGUCCGUACGAGUCUCUAGGCGAUUGCUGCCUGGAGUUGUACCCUUGCUGUGACUACCCUUCUUCAAGCAUCACACCGCCAUUCCAGUACAUGCAUCGCUUUCACAUCUCGAAAGAGCAUCAUUAGAGUGCUUGAUUUGCACUCCAACGGGGUUACUCUUACCUGUCCUCAAAAAUGACAAUCAUCUCAACACCAAGCCUUGACCCUCCCUUUACAAAGGAAAAUGCAAUCCCAUUCCCACCAAGGUCCGACUCACCAUACAGCACCAACAUACUCAAAAGUAAUCAACCGGAAUCACCUGCAACACAUACGUUGAGUGCAAGACUUCCCGCCACCUACCACAGCCACGAAGAUCUAAGUAGUAACGUUCGCCUCAAACGAGUCAACCCAGCCGUCGCGGGUUCUGUGUACGAAUAUCUCCAAAACUCACUUGACGUGAGCCGACUCAAUGAGAUCGAGAGUCUGUUAUGGACCGUAGGUCUUCCCAAGAUUGCUCGCCCACUCCACCGCCAACUCAGUAAAGGUCGCACCAUUGUCCUCACCGAGCAGGCAGACUGUCAUCUGGUCUGGCACGAUACUAAGAUCCUGAUCAAACCACUUCCCGAGAUUCUCCUGGACCAUCAAGCAUGGGAAAUCUACCUCAACGAAUCGAACCAGACACGUCGAGCAGCCUGCGGUUUCUUGCUCUCGUAUCUCUGGCUGAUCAGCGAACAGAGCGACUUCCAGAUCGCCAAAGCCCACAACUUACUUCCGGCCUUUGUCGAUUGGGUUGCCUGGACCGACUUUGCCUCGUCAGUCUACGAUCACCUCCACGACACCGAUACUGGAAUUGUUAAAGUUCCAGUGAGUCCGAGGUACUGGUACGGCGAGCUGCGUCUGAGCCGGCUCAACAAGAUCUGUCGGUUCUUCGUCGCCCUUCCGCGUGGAGACUUCAAGACGCUCUUGUUCGGCUACACGUACACUUACACAACUUACCAGAGCUUCUUCGAACGGAACACAGCAUGGCUCGUCAGUCUGGUCGUGUACAUCGGUGUCGUUCUCACGGCGAUGCAGGUUGGACUUACAACCACCCAGCUCCGUGAUGACUCGAGGUUCAACUUGGCGUGCUAUAUUUUUACCGUGUUUUCAAUCUUGUCCCCGCUGAUCGUACUCGGCGGUGGUGUGUUGACGCUCCUUGUGCUCUUUCUGUUUCAUGCAAAGUACGCGAUACGGAGGCACAGAGAACAUACGGUAGAAUGUCGAAGGUUGCAAAAAGAAUCAUAA